GAGCUGUCUCAGGAAGCCGUGAUCACCGCUCAAUGAAACCCCUUGAAACAAGUUUGGAUUCCAGCGACCGGAAUGUCAGAAAAAAGCAAACAACUCAAAAAGUAACGAUUAUAGUUCAAUUUACUCGAAGCAGAUACGAGAGAAUGAAAGGGCAAAGAUGAAAAGGCCGAUCUUAUCUCCACGCAGCAUGGAAUUACGUCAUUUACAACGAAAGAUGGGCAACAGACCUUGACAGACGAUCCCACUAAAAGCGGAUUUAUUUUGCAAACACCACAGUAGAUUAUCGACUUGCCUCCGAAUAGGUGCGGGUUGUUGAAAAAAUUUCCAGCCACAGGUAUCUUCUUCUGUGAUUCUACUGUUUGCAUAUCGCUAUUACAGUCAUGCCGCAGUUGAGUUUUGAGCAGUGUAACAUCGAAGAGAUAUGUACCUCUGUGGGAGGAAGUAAGAAGCUGCUGGAUGAACUUCGAGGAAAAUUAAGGGAGUGGUUAAAACUGCAGCCGCAUCUUCCUCAUGAUGCCGAAGACGAAAGAUUGGACUGGUUUCUUCUGUGUACUAAAUUGAGCUUGGAGCUAGCAAAGCAAAAACUGGAUGCUUAUUAUACAAUAAGAAGGUUUAUACCUGAAUUUUUCAGGAACAGAGAUCCAUGCGCACCGAGCAUGAAUAAUUUACACGACGUAAUGCAAUUCGUGCUUCUUCCGAAAUCGAAUGCUGGAAACGACAGAACUUGCAUUAUACGAUUUAUUUCGGAUGAUGCAAAUAUAUUUCGCGUUGAGGAGGUAUGCAGGUACUUAUUUAUGAUAAAUGAAAUUCAGAUGGUCGAGGGCCACAACAGCGGAUAUAAUUUGAUACUCGAUUUGUCGAUGAUGAGCGCAGGGCAGCUCGUGGGAAUGACACCAAGUUUCAUAAAAAAAUGUGAUGUUUCAGCCUCGGCUCACGCAAUAAGGCUGAAAGGAAUCCACAUCCUCAAUGCUUUUUCUCUCGUGAAUUCUGUGGUCACAAUGGUCAAAUCAAUUCUGAAGCCCAAACUCGCUAAAAGGAUUCACGUUCACGCUAAUGGAAAUUUCGAAAAAUUCCAUCAGUUUGUACCCAAAUCUGUACUACCCAAGGAAUACGGUGGCACUUAUUCGAACAUGGAUGACCUUGAUGUCUUAUUGCGCAAGAAACUGGAGUCCUGGCGGGAUUGGUACUUGGAACAAGACGAUGUUCUGGUAGACGAAAGCCUCCGCCCUGGACCAGUCGUUAACGGAGACAGUCCCUUUGGAUUUUCUGGAAGUUUUCGAAAGUUGGAUGUUGACUACCGUCGUUUGUAUAUCGGUAUUGCAGUGAUGUCGACGUUGAGUUUAGAAAAAUGUAGCGUUGAAGAGUUGUGUUCCUUUGUGGGAGGAAGUAAGCAAUUACUGGAUGAACUUCGAGAAAAAUUGAGGGAGUGGUUAAAACUGCAGCCGCAUCUUCCUCAGGGUGCCGAAGACGAAAGAUUGGAGUGGUUUCUUCUCGGUAAUAAGUUGAGCUUGGAGCUAGCGAAGCAGAAGCUGGAUACUUACUACACGAUAAGAGGGCUCAUACCGGAAAUCUUCGCGGACAGAGAUCCCAUUUCACGUCCCUUAACUCUUGUACACGACGUAAUGCAAAUCGUGAUUCUUCCCAAACUAACACCUGAGAAGUACAGAACUUACAUUCUUCGGGUCAUUUCAGGUGAUACGAGCAUUGCCAGUAUUCAAGAUUUGUACAAGUAUGUCUUUAUGGGAAAUGAAAUGCGAAUGAUCCAUGACCGCAGUAACGGCGAUAAUCUAAUAUACGAUUUGUCGAUGAUGAGCUUGGGUCAGCUUGUGACAGUGACGCCUACAUUUUUAAAAAAAUGUGAAGUGACAGCGUCGGCUCACGCGCUGAAACUGAAGGGCAUUCACUUCCUGAACACUUCCCCCUUCGUCGGUAGGAUGGUUACAAUGGCCAAAUCAGUUCUGAAACCGAAACUCGCCUCAAGGAUUCACGUUCAUCCGGGUGGGAAUUUUGAGUCGCUUCACCAGUUUGUUCCCAAAUCCAUUCUUCCAGAGGAAUACGGAGGCACUAGUGGAACCAUGGCCGAACUCAGUGCCUCAUUACGCAAGGCAGUGAACGAGAACCGGGAUUGGUUUUUGGAACAAGAGAAGAUUUUGGUGAACGAACAUCUCCGCCCAGGUCCAGCCGUGAAUGGAGACAGCCUCUUCGGAUUUUCUGGAUCUUUCCGGAAGCUCGAUGUCGACUGAAGACCAUCUGCUGUUAUAUAAUAUAUACCGCAUGCCUCGCAACUGUUGUUUUUGAGUUUGAAGUAAAAAAAUAAAGUAUCCACUCAAGGAUCAACAUUUUAGCAACUGACGACUGACUGUGCAGUCAAGUUAUUAUGUAAAAAGCUCGAUCAUUCCUUAUUUACGCAGUAUAAAUAGUUCACCAUAUGGUAAUUGCAAGUCAGAAAGAAAUUUGAACGAGCUUUUCUUUUAUACACCGAGGUGUAGGUAGAUUUAUCUAUAUAUAUUCAAACCGAACCUUAUUCAAGUGCAAUUUCCACCACACAAAAAAUAUCCUUCUUCAAUCGAAAUGUACGCGUAUAAGGAUUUUAGUCAAGAAUAAAAAUACCGAUCAAUUUCAGCAGAAAAAAAAAUUUCCUGUCCAAGAUUUUGUCUGGCGAAAAAUCGUAUAAACCUCUAAUUUUUAUGCUUUGACCGAAUACGCUCUAUUGAGCCACUUUACGUACACUUGUUUUCAUUCUUAGUCUGAUUUCUCUCAAUUCUAAUGCUAAGAAAUAAACAGAAUAACAAGGAAGUUCGAUGACGGAUCGCCAUCGUAACGUAAAAUCAUGGAAGUGUUUCCAUCAAGGCACAGUUAAUCAUCC